AUGGAAAACCGACGCUCGAUCGGGGAGCGCGUUCGACGCGCGCGGGCGCUCGCGCGCGACCCCACGUCGAGGGCGAGCGAUAUAGAGGAAUUACUCGAUCGUGACGACGCGUCACCGGCGGUGACGAUCGCGUUCGCGGGUGCGAGCGGGUGCGGGAAGACGGCGCUCGCGCGGAGCUUCUUCGCCGAGAGCGCGAGACGAGACGGGCGCGAGCGCGGCGAUUGGCGCGCCGCGCCCACGAUCGGCAUAGACUUCGGCGCGUGCCCGAUCACGUUCGAGGACGAGACCGAACCGAGGCGCGUUCGAGGACGAUUCCUCGAUCCGAGCGGCGCCGUCGGAUACGAGGCGUGUCGCUCGGCGGCGUACGCGGACGCCGACGGCGUCGUCCUCGUCCUCGAUCCCACGCGCGGCGGCGCCGACGCGCGCACCGUGGAAACCAUCCUUCGCGAGAUCGCGGACGCCCGCGCGUCGCGCGCGGCCCCAUCGGCACCCGCGAAGAUCCUCCUCGCCCUCUCCGCGCGAGCGCCAUCCAUCGUCGAGACGACGCGUCUUCGAGCGCCAUCGUCCGCGAUCGACGCCGCGAUCGCGCGCGCGAUGACGAGUGAGAUCUCCACCGCCGCCCUGCGCCUCGCGCGAUCGCGCGCGGACGUCCUCGACGUCGUCGCGCGCGCGGCGCCGACGGUCGAUUCAUCUUCUCCCACGCCGCACGUCAUCCGCGUCGACGCCGCGCGCGGCGUCGGCGUCCGCGCCGUCGUCCACGCGCUCGCCCGCGCGUGUCUCGACGUCGUCGCGUCGACGUGA